AUAAGAAAAAGUCAGAAAAUCGCAAAUCAGUAGGCCCUUGUCAGAUUCAUUUUUUUUUCCAACUGUCAAUAAAAGCUUAAAUUUUCCAAAACAUGGUUUUGCAUGUGUUUUGUCAUUCAAUAUGUAGCUGUUUCCCCACCCGAUAUCGGACGUGCCUGCUGGCUUGUAUGUGCCUCCUGAUACAGUACACGAUGCGUAUAUGUCUUCAUUUGGCUAUUACCGAAAUGACUUUUCCCCCAACGACAACGGCUGAACCCGGCGAAGGCGAAAGCAGAAUGAUAAAGAGACCAUGUUUCUCACUUCAAAAGCGAACCGAAGAACCAGCCGACCCUAUCUAUAACUGGAGCGAAAAAGAUCAAGGAGUGAUUCUUUCCUCCUUCUACUGGGGCUACAUGGUAUCGAAUUUCUCGGCCUCGGCGAUUGCCGAUCGAUUCCCGAGGCUUCUGUUGAUGUGGAGUGUUUUCGGUUCCGGUGUCUUGACUCUGCUGACUCCGAUGGCCAUUGAUAAGGGUGGAAUGAGGCUGUUGGUUUGUCUUCGGGCGUGUGAAGGCUUCUUCCAGGGAGUCACGUUUCCGGUAUUGAGUGCUCUGAUAUCCCAUUGGGUUCCUCCGGCGCAGAGAAGUAUGCUCGGGGCGUUUGUUUACAGCGGAUCACAGAUUGGAUCACUGGUUGGAGGCAUUGGAUCCGGAAUGCUGAUUCAUUAUUUCAACAGCUGGAGAAUCGUGUUCUAUGUUUGGGGAACCUGCGCCAUGAUAAUGUUCUUAACGUGGUGGAUCUUCGUAUUUGAUAGUCCUCACAACCAUCCCUAUAUGGACGAAGGAGAAAGAUCGCAACUCAUCGAAGAACUGGGCGGUUCUGGUAAAGCUCUUAAACCUGGUUCUAUUCCGUGGAGAAAGAUUGCAUCGAGUGCACCAUUCUGGGCUGUUGUUUUUGGACAGGUUUCCCUCGAUUUUAAUUUCUACCUGACAACGAUUGACCUUCCAAAAUUCAUGAAAAGCACUCUGGGGCUGGACGUUCGUGAGAAUGGAAUAAUUUCCUACAUGCCCUUCUUUCUGAUGUGGAUGAACACGAGUGUCACCGGAUGGAUUGCGGACAAACAGAUCAAAUCCGGUUGCCUGUCUAGGACCAACACUCGCAAAUUUUGGUGCACCUGCGCUUCCACAUUAAGCUCCACUUUCAUACUGGCUGCGGCCUACUCGGGCUGCCGGAAGUGGUUGAUAGUGGCGUGUUUUACACUGGCUAUUGUUUCCAUGUCCGGAUAUUAUCCCAGUGUAAAAGUCAACGCGAACGAUCUGAGUCCAAACUUUGCAGGAUUGAUUAUGGCUUUUGUCAAUGGCUUUGGAGGGUUUUGCGGUAUAAUCGUCCCAUACAUGGUUGGACUGCUAACUCCAAAUCAAACUAUCGAAGAAUGGCGGCUGGUGUUCUGGAUAGGCUUUUUUGUAAUCCUGACUUCAACCACUAUUUUUAACCUAUUUUCUUCCGGAGAAGUCCAGAGCUGGAAUACUGUCAAUGAAUGAUAGCAGGCAUCGGUUUAAAAGCUCAAUCAAUUUACAGGGCUAUCGACAAAUAGUUAACAAAUGAAUUAUUCAGAAGAAGCAAGAAAAUUGAAAACUCGAUAUUAAAAAAAUUAUAUUUUUAUUGGCCUUUCUAA